AUGGUUCUGGCCAUGCUGGGGGUUCUGUAUCUUAGGGCCAGGCUGAGCCUCUUCCUCCUCUACCUCAUCCUGGGAGCUACACUCCUCCGCCCGCAGCCACUAAGGCCUCAGCAGUCUGUUCCUGAGGAAUUUUCAGCCCCCCUGGAACUCUUGCAGCCACUUUCCAGUCUGGAGGAUGACUAUGGGGUUCGACCCAAGCACCCAUGGCCACAGGGGUCUCGACCUCUCCUCUCCAGGGCCCAGCAGCACAAGCGGGAUGGGCCAGACAUGGCUGAGUAUUUCUACGACACACACCUGUGAUGGG